AGAGUUCAUAGGUGCGCUUGAGUAGUUCCGUGUUUAGACCAUAGAUACAAGGGCACUGAAUCCGCUUCAGGGCAAUUUGCUGUUGGGAAAAACAUGGCGCGGUUGUUGAGGAGCAGUUUAAGGACUUAUUUCACGUCUCAGAUCCGCUUGGGCUCGGACCAGCUGGGUGAAUUGGGGAAAGGUGCAGGUAAAGGUGGAGGAGGUGGUGGCUCUAUCAGGGAAGCUGGAGGAGCCUUUGGGAAGAAAGAGGCAGCUGAUGAGGAGCGUUACUUCAGGCAAAAGGAGAAGGAGCAGCUGGCCGCUCUGAAGCAGCACCACCAGGAUGAGAUCGAGCACCAUAAGAAAGAGAUCGAGCGUCUACAGCGUGAAAUCGACCGUCACAAGGGCAAAAUCCGCAAACUCAAACACGACGACUGAGCUGGGACCAGUGACGCGUUUGUGUGUCGUUUCUACCCGAAGUGACCUGACGCCUGCUCCGAGAAGCAGCACUUUACACUCUGUAAUCUCUUAGUGCAGUCAUGAAUAAAGAUAUUAGGGUAUUUUCCAA